GGCCCGUGGCUCCGCCCCUUGCGUCGGCGAAGGACAAAGUCACCGCGCCGGGCCCGCGGUCAGCCUCUGCGCACAGCUGCGGCCUGAGCAGCGCUGCGCGCCCGCCGCCAUCUUAGGAGGUCGCCAUGUUCUCGUCCAUCGCGCCGCUCGCGCGGCUCAACCCCUUCUACGCGCCGCACUUCCAGCUGUGCCAGGAUGGGCUGAGGAGGCGCGCGGAGCCGGCCGAAGCGCCCACCACGCGGCGAAGCCUGGCGGCCGCGUCCGCCACCGAAGAAUACAGUUGUGAAUAUGGCUCGCUCAAGUUUUAUGCUCUCUGUGGCGUUGGUGGGGUCCUAAGUUGUGGCCUGACACACACUGCUGUCGUACCUCUGGAUUUAGUGAAAUGUCGUAUGCAGGUUGAUCCACAAAAAUACAAGAGCAUCUUCAAUGGAUUUUCAGUGACAAUCAAAGAAGAUGGAUUUCGUGGUUUGGCUAAGGGAUGGGCUCCAACCUUUAUUGGAUACUCCAUGCAGGGGCUUUGUAAAUUUGGUUUCUAUGAAGUUUUCAAAAUCCUGUAUGGCAACAUGCUGGGAGAGGAAAAUGCCUAUUUGUGGCGUACUUCAUUAUAUUUAGCUGCAUCUGCCAGUGCAGAGUUUUUUGCUGACAUUGCUCUGGCUCCAAUGGAAGCUGCUAAAGUUCGCAUUCAGACACAGCCUGGAUACGCCAACACUCUACGGCAAGCUGUACCUAAAAUGUUUGGAGAAGAAGGCAUUUGGGCUUUCUAUAAAGGUGUAGCUCCGCUCUGGAUGAGACAGAUCCCAUACACGAUGAUGAAAUUUGCCUGCUUUGAACGUACUGUUGAAGCUCUCUACAAGUAUGUUGUUCCCAAGCCACGAAGUGAAUGUUCAAAAGGCGAACAGCUGGUAGUCACAUUUAUUGCAGGCUAUAUUGCUGGUGUCUUCUGUGCAAUUGUUUCUCAUCCUGCUGACUCCGUCGUGUCUGUGUUGAACAAAGAAAAGGGCAGUUCUGCUUCACAGGUUCUUAAGAGGCUUGGAUUCAGAGGUGUCUGGAAAGGUCUGUUUGCUCGUAUCAUCAUGAUUGGUACGCUGACUGCGCUACAGUGGUUCAUCUACGAUUCUGUGAAGGUUUAUUUCAGACUUCCUCGUCCACCUCCACCUGAAAUGCCGGAAUCUCUGAAGAAGAAGCUUGGUUUAACUCAGUAGACAGCUCAUGGACUGACUUCGCUGGCUGUCCAGUGAUGAGUUUCAUGAAACUUUUAUAUAUUUGACUAUGUGGAAAACAAACUCUAUAUGGUGUCAUUAUUGGCUGUACCCUCAUCCCAUGUGAGGGUUAAAAUUCUACCACUGUCAUUGCCUGAAAUAAAUGAGAAACAGAGUGCUUAGUGUCUGUUUACUACUGCAUAUAUAAGCUUCAUUUCACAGCGGCAAAUGCCUCAGAUACUUCCCAAAGUGAAAAGUAAAAAAAUAGGCCUUUCUACACUUCAGGAAUUAGAAUUGUGAAACAGCAACAAAAUAGGCUUUCAUUGUUCCCAGGGGAGGGCCGAGAAACCCCAUGGAGUAUUGCAGAAACUAACUGCAGUUGUAUGCUUUUUUUCAGUCCUGUUUCACCUGCCUAUAUAAGCUGUUUCUGUAAAACAGAUCAACUGCAGUGGAUGAGAUAGAAAUGCAGUCUGAAAGGACAUCCCAGUUAUAGCAUCUGUAUUCUCCAAGAGUUGAGGGAGAAUCUUACAGUUCUCAGAACUCUUUGCGUUGGGAUGGUCACUGCAAUGCAAAUUAGGCUUACUUGACUAAUUUCUGCUUCUCUUGGCUUUGAACUGCACCAAAGAUGGUAGUUGUUUUAGCUGUACCGUGGAAUUGAAUUGCAGCAGCUACUUUAACAAAAGCAAAGCUGACGUAAUAAAGUUUCUCAGAAAUAUCCAACCACUAGAAGCUUAAAUUAAAAAUGGCUUGUCUCUUCUUGUAGAGAUUGAACAUGCCAACUGUUUCUUAACUUUGGUAUUUCUAUAGUUUGAUUUCUCCUCCUGUGCCCCCUGCCUUCUUUUUCAUUCAGUGAGGUUAGUACUGAGUUUCGAUUGAACCAUACACAUCUGGGGGUCUGAUUUUGAACCUUAAUGAUUUGAAGAAAUCUAAGCUUGUAGGCAUGCAAGGAGUGAAUCUUGAGAAUGUUUUAUUAAGGCAAUGAAUUUUAUUUGCUUCCACUAUUUAAUGUAAAAGAUGAGCAUUAAUGUAAAAGAUGCUGCCUUUUGAGUUUCACCUGUUCAAGAAGCAACGGUCAAAUCACAGAGUAAAAUUCAGAAAAUGUCUAACAGUAUAUCAAGGGUUCAUCAUCUCCAGCAUUACUUUGCUCACUUAGUAGAGCUGGAGCAUGUGUCCUUUUUGCAAAACUUCUGUAUGUUGCCUUUCAGCGUUCAAGCUGGUGAUGAACAAUCUACUCUGUUGGAGUAGCGUAAAUAUAUUGACCACAGCACCCUAUUGAGGUCUGAUAUUCCUGCUGCCAUCUUACAUAGCAUUGAGAUCCCUGCCACUUGGAAAAACCCUCUGACUCUCCAAGAUUUCAGGAUAGUUAAGCUAAACAAGCAAGCUAACCUUUAUUCCAAUUUGCUACCUUUCUAAAUGUAGAGUAAAAUCUAAAACUCUUCCCUUUUCCAAUGACACUAAGCACAUUCUUUGAGUGGUUGGUAACUAACAGCAUUAUACUACAAAGUGCAAUUCCCUAAGUCUAAAUAAAACACUUGUACAAAGUACCUUGGGUUGAAUCUCAGUGAUAAAAGUGCAUACAUCUCGUUGCCCUUGUUGCUAGUAGGAAGCUUUGAAGUUAUUCAACAAAAAUAUAUUGUGCUUCUAAGAGUUUGUUUGGAGGAGAGCAUUAACUACAAACUUGAUCUUACAUCAAGACCACUGAUGCUAAAUCAAUUUCAGAAAUUACCUUUUAUGUGUGGCUCAGCUUAACAGGUAAAGAAAAAAUUAGCAACUCUUGUGCACUGAAUAGCAUAGUUUGUGUAAAGGCUUCUGUUAACCUGGAGGACUUUACUAAAAAACAUAGCUACUUUCCUGGGAAAGUGAACCACUUCUAUGAACUUUUAAGGCUGGCAGAAGAGUAAGGCAGAACUUGCUUUAUAUGGCAGGGUAAUCUGACUGCCACGUAAGCCAAUGUUAAGCUAAAUUUUGCAAGACUUUCCUGUCGUUUCAUGGAUGGCUCAAAAUCAUGCAGUUUUUCUCUGGAAAGACCUGGGCUACCUUUGUGCAGCUGUAAGCACGUGCAGUAAUAAGAGAACAUUGUUUUUGCUCUAAGGUGAACCUGAAGCUGCCCUUUUAAAGAUGACCUUUAUCAAGGUCAAUCUGAGAUAAGACUACUAAUAGCAGUUAGAUCUCCUUUUCUUUUGUAACCCAGAAAGGCAAAAUAGACCUAGUUCUACUUCCACUGUUCUGUUCCAGUGGAAAACUUGAGAGGGAGCUGCUGACUCUGGCAGCUGCAGCUGCUAAGUGAUGAUUUUCAGCCAUAGGCUUGUUUGGAUGCUUGAGAUGCUUUAACGUAGAAAAUGCUAUUGUGCAAAAGGUCAUCCACUGAAAUUCUAACAGCUUCAGUGGGAAAGUGGUCGUAUUAAAAUGUAUUUAAAAGUCAACUUUUGUCAUUAGUAAAUGUGCUUUAUAGCAUAAUAUGUAGUAUGUUUUCUCAUAAUGGGUGGGAGAGCCACGGUACUUUAGAUGGGCUGAUUGUUGUUACAAAGGAAGUCCUGUAUCUGAAAGGAGCACUCCUCUGGAACCACGUAUAACUGAGAUAACUUCAGAACAAUCAUUAAGCCCAAGAGUGCUUCGCAAAACAUGGGUCAUAUAUAUGCUGCUUCUGUAUAUUGUUUUAUAAAGGAGAAAACAUACUCUCUUUAAUAUUUAUGGAGCUGAGAUCUGCUUUCUGGUUUAAAACGUACUGUCAAUAUAAAUUUGGAAUAAGAGCUUUCACACCCUGUGCUUGUAUUAGAUUGUACUACAGAUCAAAUACGCUGAUGUUGCUAAUACUUGAAAUGCUUGUUACAUAUCAUUUAAAACUGGGCUAUAAAAAUGCAGAUAGAUGUAAUUCCUUUACAUUUCUACUUGGAAAUGUAGUUCACAGUGAAAACAAUAAAUCCUGUUUUUUUAUAGUGAA